GAACUGUGCAGCACACUAAGAGGAACAUGGAUCCUACACAGGCUCUUGAUUAUUUAUUGGAGCUAGAGAAGUUGGAGCAUCAACGUACUGCAGGUACCCAGCUCCCCGCAUCCUCAUCCUCCACCUCUGCCUCCACAACCACCUCAGACCCGGACAAAGGAGGGGAAGAAAUCCCAGAGUCUUCAUCCAAUAGUUCAGUGAGCAGCGACUCGCUGGCAGGGGAUGAGGACUGGGCGUCGCCACUCCAAACUGAGAAGGAGAGCAGCUCCAGUGGCAGUGAUGAUGAUCAACCUGGGCCAUGCUGGGAGGGGAGGAGAGAGUCCUUUCAAGUCAUCUGUCUCAAGUCUAAGUUAAGUCACAUGAAGAUCAAGUCAAAGUCAAGUUGAGUCUUUUAUCAGUGUUAGCCAAGCAAGUCUCAAGUCCUCAAAUUUGCGACUCGAGUCCCCCACCUCUGCCUGGUACCCUGACAACACCACAACGUUUCCAUAUGUGCCAAGGAGGAUGCCCAAGCCAGGGAUGACAACUUUUGCCAUCAGCAGAAUCUCCGACAUUCCCAGUUGCUUUGCCCUUUUUAUCACAGAGGAAAUCUUGGAGCUCGUCCUGGAGACUACAAACCUGGAAAGGCAUCACAAACCAGGCUGCCGAGGCUGGAAGGAGGUAGAUAUGCCAGAGCUAAAGGCCUUCCUGGGGCUUCUUCUCCUGGUGGGUGUGUACCACUCCCGACGGGAGGCAACACAAAGCCUUUGGGAAGCACAAACUGGGCGUCCCGUCUUUGCAGCCACGGUGAGCCGGGAAAGGUUCGAGGAAAUCUCCGGGAGGCUUCGGUUUAAUAACCGGGCCACCCGCACUCACCGCUGCUGUAAGCAGGGAGUGUUUUGCCCGAUAGUCGAGAGGUGGUCUGAACAGCUGCCUUGCAUGUGGGUCCCAGAACAGACCUUGACUGUGGAUGAGCAACUCGUCCCAUUCAAAGGUUGUUGUUCCUUCAGGGUGUACAUGCCCAAAAAGCCAGGAAGGUAUGGACUAAAGAUGUGGCUGUUGUGUGACUCAGUCACUUCCUUGCAGAGGAGCCAGAGAGGGCCCAAGGCCAGCAGGUGGUGCUGGGCCUUGUAGAGAAGUUGUCCAAAGUGUUGAGCUGGGAGAAGCCCUCC